AUCAGAUAUGCCCAAAGUGUGACAGAGGGAACAUCGAUGCAAGGAUGCUGCUGCUGCUGCCAGUCUGUGCAUCGGGAGGGAGGCAAUGAUGGCAGAACAGCAGCGGGAGCAGCAGCGUUCUCAGAAGCAGUAACAUAAACAGCAUCAGGAGUAGGCCUGCUCUUGCACAGAGCAGGAAACUGCAGCCUUGUGAAAUGCAAGACUCUCUGAGGUUCGAAAAUCUCCUGAGCUGAGAAUGGCUACUGUAAAAACGUUGCCAAGAAACUCUAAUGAUCUGGCCAGUCGUAACCAUGUGGUGUUAGCAAUAGUUACUGCAGGGAAAUGAAUGAUACUUGUGGCAGAUUGCUGGUCCAUAGACAACUCUCUGAAGAAGAUAUCAAAUUACUUGAAAAAGAAAAACAGGGAAAAGAAAGUUUGGGCAUGCCUGCAGGAACGGUGGUGUUUUUAGAGACUACCUAGGAGGCAGAAGCUAAGUGUUGAUUUGCCCAUGCCUCUUACCUGGGAGUUGAAGGUGGGAAGAAAUGGACAGUGGCUCUGAUGAGAAGACAAGGCACAGUGCAGCUCGGUGAAGCCACACGCUGACUGCGACACCCCUCUUCAUGCAGUGCUGUGGGCUGGUGCACCGGCGGCGAGUACGGGUGUCCUAUGGUUCGGCAGACUCCUACACCAGCCGUCCAUCCGAUUCAGAUGUUUCUUUGGAGGAAGACCGGGAGGCAGUGCGCAGAGAAGCAGAGCGACAGGCACAGGCCCAGUUGGAAAAAGCAAAGACAAAGCCCGUUGCAUUUGCAGUUCGGACGAAUGUCAGCUACAGUGCAGCCCAUGAAGAUGAUGUCCCAGUGCCAGGCAUGGCCAUCUCAUUUGAAGCAAAAGAUUUUCUGCAUGUUAAGGAAAAAUUUAACAAUGACUGGUGGAUAGGGCGAUUGGUUAAAGAAGGCUGUGAAAUCGGAUUCAUUCCAAGCCCAGUGAAACUAGAAAAUAUGAGGCUACAGCAUGAACAGAGAGCCAAGCAAGGGAAAUUCUACUCCAGUAAAUCAGGAGGAAAUUCAUCAUCCAGUCUGGGUGACAUAGUACCUAGUUCCAGAAAAUCGACACCUCCAUCAUCUGCUAUAGACAUAGAUGCUACUGGCUUAGAUGCAGAAGAAAAUGAUAUUCCAGCAAACCACCGCUCCCCUAAGCCCAGUGCAAACAGUGUAACGUCACCCCACUCCAAAGAGAAAAGAAUGCCCUUCUUUAAGAAGACAGAGCACACGCCUCCUUAUGACGUUGUACCUUCCAUGCGACCAGUGGUCUUGGUGGGCCCUUCUCUGAAGGGAUACGAGGUCACAGAUAUGAUGCAAAAGGCGUUGUUUGAUUUUUUAAAACACAGAUUUGAAGGGCGGAUAUCCAUCACAAGGGUCACUGCCGACAUCUCACUGGCCAAACGCUCAGUGUUAAACAACCCCAGUAAGCACGCAAUAAUAGAAAGAUCCAACACAAGGUCAAGCUUGGCGGAAGUUCAAAGUGAAAUAGAAAGGAUUUUUGAGCUUGCAAGAACACUGCAGCUGGUGGUCCUUGACGCGGACACUGUCAAUCAUCCAGCUCAACUUAGCAAAACCUCUUUGGCCCCCAUCGUAGUGUAUGUUAAGAUUUCGUCUCCAAAGGUUUUACAGAGGUUAAUAAAAUCUCGAGGGAAAUCUCAAGCUAAACACCUCAACGUCCAGAUGGUAGCAGCUGAUAAACUGUCUCAGUGUCCUCCAGAGUUGUUCGAUGUGAUCCUGGAUGAGAACCAGCUCGAGGACGCUUGUGAACACCUUGCUGACUACCUGGAGGCCUACUGGAAGGCCACCCACCCCCCCAGCAGCAGCCUCCCCAACCCUCUCCUUAGCCGCAGUUUAGCCACUUCAACUCUGCCUGUUAGUCCCGCUCCAGCCUCCAAUUCACAGGGUUCUCAAAAUGAUCAGAGGACCGAGCGCUCUGCUCCCGCCCGGGCUGCUUCCCAAGCUGAAGAAGAACCCUGCCUGGAGCCAGUCAAGAAAUCCCAGCACCGGUCCUCAGCUCAGCACCACAAUCAUCGCAGUGGUACGAGUCGAGGCCUCUCCAGGCAAGAGACGUUUGACUCAGAAACCCAGGACAGUCGAGACUCUGCCUAUGUGGAGCCGAAGGAAGAUUACCCGCACGACCACGCAGACCACUAUGCCCCCCACCGUGACCAUAACCACAGAGAUGAGCCCCACGGAAGCAGUGAGCAUAGACACAGGGAGUCUCGGCACCGUUCCAGGGACCUGGAGCGAGAGCAGGACCACAACGAAUGCAACAAACAACGAAACCGUCAUAAAUCUAAGGAUCGCUACUGUGACAAGGAGGGAGAAGGACUAUCCAAAAAACGGAAUGAGGCUGGGGAGGGGAACAGGGAUGUUUACAUCCGCCAAUGACUUUGGCCCUUUUGUGUUUUUUUCUUCUUUUUUUUUUUUCUUUCAAGUCUUGGAUAAAAGCAUCCUCACACUAAAUCUUUGGGGUCUACAUUGCAAUCAUAUGUGAUCUGUCUUGUAUAUUUUGUAGUGCUGUUGCUUAAAUAGCAAUAGCAUGAGAUAGAGUAUUAAUAUACAUUUUUUUCUUUUGUAAGUGCUAUAUAAAUUUGCCUGGUACAGCUGCAGUCCUCCAGUUCUGUGCUGGACUUUUCAAAAACUGCCUGGGGUAGCUGCCACUUGAACAAAGUCUGUGGCAUUAGUAUUUUAAGAAAUGUAGUUGCUGUAUCCAGCAAGCCAGAAUCAGCCCAGAUAAAAAGUGGAAUUUCUUGAUUCUCCAGAUUUUUAAUAUGUAGGCACCUGAUUUACAUUCAUUAAUCCAUGGACCACUGUUUCUUGCUUGUACCUCUGGCUGACUAAAUUUGGGGACAGAUUCAGUCCUGCCUUACACAAAGGGGAUCAUAAAGUUAGAAUCUAUUUUCUAUGUACUAGUACUGUGUACUGUAUAGACAGUUUGUAAAUGUUAUUUCUGCAAACACCUUCUUAUAAUUAUAUAAUAUAUAUAUAUACAUAUGUAUAUGUAUAUAUAUAUCAGUUUGAUCACACUAUUUUAGAGUCUUAAUGCCAAGUCAGCAGAUUUGCUUUAUGAAUUACAGGGACUAGAAAUGCCCAUUCAGGAAAUUUGUAAUAACAUCGUCUAGGCACCUAUCCCCACUCUAGGAGAAAGUCUGUACAUACUGUAAAUAUGUGUGAUUGCUUGACUUGAAAAAGUUUGGUUUCUGAAUGUUUUACCACCCCUGUAAGUUUAUAAUUUUGACCAUAAAUUAUGGUAAAUAUAACCAAACUCCAAAGGUUGUUCUAAUCCAUGCAGCUUACACUGAUUGUGACAAACACAUUCUUAGUAGCUAGUGUCUCAUGUCACUGCACUGGAGUCUACGAGCCGGAACUGUGUGUGUGCGUCUGUGUGUAAGAGUGUGUGUGAGUGAUUGAGAGGAAUCUGAGUGCUGAAGACUAAUGAAGAUGCUAGAGACUGACAUCCAGAAGUCUACUCACCUGGCUUUGUACUGAGUUGUGCUGCAUGUUGCUUCAAUGCUCCGUUGAGCGGUCGGGGAGCGUGCUGCCAAAGGUGACUGGGGAAGCAUUCAUCUGUUGGCUCCUCGUUCGGCUCCUGGAGAGUGAAAAGUACAGGCAACUUUUAACUAUGUUUCACUGGAAAUGUACAAUCUGUGUGUGUUCGAAUAUUUGUUAUAGUAAGAAACGUUUACACGGCUUGUAGAAUUAUUUCGUGGGAAAAUAAAUUUUUCUAACUUCUCCCACUUCCUUUUUAACCCCGCCUACCGUUCCUGUUACCUCCCAAUUUCCGGAUCAUGCCAUCCCCCACCACCAACCCGCACAGUUUUUCUGUCUGUCAAAACCUAGAAGUGCUUCUUAAACCAAAGUUUCUGUUCUUCAGGAGUAAUCAGGGCAAAUGGAGUGACUUGCAGUGAACAAAAUGUUAAGAAUAUUUUCCUAUGACAGAUGUCUACUCUGACGGGGAAGCAAGAAGAUACUAUCUCUAUGCCUCAGUGGUAUGGCUGUAAGCAGCUCGCAAUUGUGAUUGUCACACUAAGGCUAAAAGCUUCUCCAUGUCUCUUAAGUGUACAUUCUGUCCAGUGACGACUGGACGAGUAAGACAGUAUUAGGUAUGCAGGUACCUAGCACUUGAAAUUUGUCCCUGGAAAAUGCCUAUUUAUAAAUGCCUGACUUCAGAUUUGUACAUAACUAUUUUGUUAAAUAAGUUGAUCUAUUUUUUGUUUUGCUCCUUUGAUGAUUCCAGGUUCUUGCCAAAUAUUCUUGGACCUUUAUAAGUAAAACUGUUUCACUUUUAACUCAUUUCUUCUACCCUGAAAAAAACUCAGUUUUAAAAAUGAGUAACAUAUAUAUAUAUAUAGUUUUGUCAGCUAAUAUAAAACAUUCCCCUCAGAAUCAAUGUAUUUGUUAAUUAGCUCUGUACUGUUGACAUAUGAAUUUAUUUAUUGAAUAUAAAAACUGUAGUCAUAAUAUAUAAAUUGAUG